CGUGCGGGGAUUAGAGGUUUGAGCAGCCGGUGCGGAUCGCUACCUGUUGGCGCAAAUUAAAGGACCUUUUACGCACAGAGCAGCGCAUGGUCUCUCGACAUGCAGCCCGAUAUUCACCUCUCCCUCCUCCUGCCGCUGCUGCUUCUUCAAGUUCGGCCCGGCUCCUCGGUGCAGGAGAUCCAAACAAGCCAUGAGAACAUCCAAAAGAUCAACGCAGCGGGAGAAAUGAUGAAGUGCUCAGCGGCCAUGGACGUCCUCUUCCUCAUGGAUGGUUCCCACAGCGUGGGGAAGGGCAGCUUCGAGAGGGCAAAACACUACGCCAUCCACAUCUGUCAAGCACUGGACGUCGGACCAGACAAGGUGCGAGUCGGCUUGAUCCAGUUUGGUUCCUCUCCUCGACUGGAGUUCGCCCUGGACUCGUACACCUCCAAAGAGGAGCUGAAGAAGCGCAUGAAGAAGAUUUCUCAUCGGGGAGGCGGCACCCAGACGGGCCUCGCGCUCAAGUACGUGCUGAGGAAGGGUUUCCCGGGCGGUCGGAACGCCUCCGCCGCGGCCCGGGUCGCCAUCCUGGUGACGGACGGGAGGUCCCAGGGCAACGCGGCGCAGGCGGCCGCUCGCCUCAAGGAGACGGGCGUGGCCCUGUUCGCCGUGGGCAUCCGUCACCCAAACUGGGAGGAGCUGCGCGCUUUGGCCAGCGAGCCGACGGAGAGCCACGUGUUCUUCGCCGAGCGCUUCGCCGACGCGGCCAACGGCCUGUGCACCACGCUGACCGCCUCCUCCGUCUGCGACGCCACGCCCGCAGGCUGUCUGGUGGAGGCCUUUCCCUGCGAGACGAAGACACUGGAGACUGUGAGGGAGAUGCAGGGGAAUCACAUGUGCUGGAAAGGCUCCAAGGGGUAUUCCCCCUACACGUCUCUGUGUCCACACUACAGGUACAACAAGGUCUACAGGAGGCACCAGACAGUCUGCCAUCGUACUCUCUGUCCAGAUCCCUGCGACUCUCAGCCCUGCCAGAACGGCGGAACGUGCGUGUCAGAAGGUCCAGAGGGUUACCGCUGCGCAUGCCCCCCCGGCUACGGGGGAGACCCGCACUGUGCACCGGCGCUAUCGCUGGACUGCUCCGUGGACCUGCUGUUCCUCACGGAGGGCUCCGCCACGCUCCCCUUGGAAGGCUUCCUCCGCCUCAAGUCCUUCCUGAAGCGCUUCCUGCGCACCGUGAUCGGGUCCGACAGCCCCAGCAGGGUGGGCCUGGCGGUGUUCGGGGGGGAGGCCCGCGUCGAGGUCCCAGUGGGCCAGUUCAAAGGGGACCCGAAGGCUCUGCUGCGGGCCGCCGAGGCCCUUCAGCCGAUCGGCGGCGAGACCCUGACGGGCCAGGCCCUGCGCCACGUCGCGCGCCGCGGCUUCGUGAGCGCGCCGGUCUUCGCCGACGUCUCGGACGACCUGCCCCGCGUGGUCGUGCUGCUCACCGCCACCCGCGCCGCCGACGAGGUGGUGGAGCCGUCCAAGUACGCGCGGGACAGGGAGAUCUUCCUGAUAGCGGUGGGGCCGGACCGCCUGAGGGGACAGCUCAACAACAUCACAGGAAAUCCCCAGAGGACCAUCGCCUACACGCCGCCGGAGUUGAGCGCCAAGAUCCCCGAGCUCAAGGCCAAGAUCUGCAGCGUGGACACACAAGGUUGUCUUGGCCAAGCAGUGGACCUGGUGUUCGCCCUGGACGCCUCCGGUGGCGUCAGCCCCGCCAACUUCGGCGUCCUGCGCGACUUUGUGCGCAGCCUCACCGUCCAGUUCGACAUCAACCGCGACGUGGCGCAGGUGGCGCUCGUGGCCUACAGCCGGAGGGCCGCCACCGUCUUCGACCUGGACACGCACCAGAGCGGCUCCGCCGUCCUCCGGGCCGUGGAGGGCGCCGACUACCUGGGCGGAGUGGCCUCGACGGGCUCGGCUCUGCUCCACGUCCGGUCCGAGGUCCUGACCGCGGCCGGGGGCGCGCGGCCCGGGGUCAACAAGGCCGUGGUGGUGGUGACCGACGGGUCGGGCGCGGACGACGCCGUCGCCCCGGCGCACACGUUGAGAGACGACGGCGUUUCCCUGUUUGUCGUCGGCAUCGGGGACGUGCAGAAGGAGCGGCUGCUGCGGAUCGCCGGCUCGGAGGAUCACGUGAUCGCGGUGCCGUUUUAUGAGGAUCUCAAAUAUUUCGAGGACGUGCUGGUGCAGAUGCUGUGUUCAGAGGUUAAGAAGCCAGUAAACCUGUGCAGGCCCAACCCAUGUAUGAACCAUGGGACCUGCAGUCUGUCUGGAGGGAGCUUCCGCUGCCAGUGCAACGGCUAUGAAGGACCACACUGUGAAACAAAAAGCGGCAGGUCCCCAUCCAGAGGAGAUCUCCCGAGGCCCGCGGGUCUCAGGAAGAAGAGCAGGCAGAAGAAGAGUCACCAGGAGCUUCUGCAUCUCUACAAACUGCACCGCAGGAGACAUGCCGUCUGAUACACACACACACACACACACACACACUUCACAGUAACACUAUGGACAAAGGAUGUGUGUGACUUCACAAUGGACAACCUUCAAUAUUUAAACCUGCACUCAAAUGUAUUUCUACUGAAUUGUCCAUUUGUGUCCUAGUUUGUCACUGUAAUCACUGCUGUGCAAUUGUUGCAAUACCGUUGUGUUUUCUAUUCAAAAGAUGUAAACUUUUAUAUUAUAUACUUUAUCGAUUAUUUUUCAUCUAAAAAAUGCUUUAUACCAAAUACUAUUUUUUAUGUCUUUUUUUUACAAUUACUCCUCUAAAUUCACUCAACUGAUCAGGUUUCAACAGUUUAAAAGAUGUUUGCUCUCCCUUUAAUUUUUGUAUUAUACUACUAUAUUAUAAGCUGGCACUGUAGUAUACUACAAUGAUCUAAUAUAGCAGACUUUAUAUUAAUUUCCCUUGUACUUGUACAAUUAUUCCUUCUCCAUGGAUCCAUAAUCUUUGAUUUGUCAGUCCAGCUUUAGUAAACAGUAUCUAAAUUCUAAUUGUAAAAUUAGUCCACUCGUGAACACCUAACAAACCCUACAAUUAACAUAUUUGUAAUUACA